UACUUGCUCACGUAGUUUUACUGUUCACCUGUACAGUGGGAUAUGUAGCGAAUAACGUUAAAUAUUCUGAAAGUACUACGAAAUUACCGGUAGACGUCAUAGGAGAAGAAACUGUGAAUAAAAAAGUUAGUGCUAAUAUAAAUGAAUCGGACAAUAGUAACCGUAGUAAAUACAUGUAUUUAGAAGAUGUGUUGGUGGGAUUGAAAUAUCAGAAUUGGACUGAGGACGAGCUGCCGUGUUUGAACCAAACGUUAGUGUUGAUUCGGAGUUUGCAGAAUUUUACGCUUUGGGCUGUUUGGGAAUGGGACUCCGUUUCAUCCCAGCCUCUUGGCCUACUCUCUGGCAACCGGUACCAACUGGGCAACUUCGACCAAUGCAUGAACCCGCCAUGGAUGUCCACCUAUCCUGAAGUGGAGUCCCAGUACUGCUUAGCUGAAGUAUCCCUUGAGAGAAGCGAUCAUGCGAAAAAGAGACGGCUAGAUGACAUAAAACCGUACGAAAACGCACUGGAUUUUAUACAACACCACACGCCGAACGUCCGUCCACUCUCCCACUUGACAUGGGGGGCUUGCGUGCCUUCCGUAUGCCAACCACGUUCAGUGGAACGCCUGGUGAGCGCGGUGCUUGCCCGCAGCCAUCUCAGCGCGGCUGGGCUGCGACCGCGCAUUGCUGUGAGCGAGCCCUGUCAGCAGACAAACAGCCCGAGGAAAUUCGACGCACUGUUUUACGCGUUCGUGAGCCUUAUGGUAGUACUAGCCUUAAUUUGUUUGAUGUGCACAAUAAUUAACGCUAAAAGAAAAAACAGUAACAGCUUGAGUUACAAUGUCUGCAAAGCUUUCUGCCUGAAAGAAAACUCGAAAGACCUUCUGAAAAUGCAAAAAGACGGCAUUGAAGUUAUCUAUGGAAUACGAUACCUAACAAUCUGCUUCAUUGUGAUGUGCCAUCAGGCUGGCAUGCUGAAUUCCGGACCGAUCAGCAAUGGCAUCGGAGUUGAUAAAGAGGUAACUCUAUCACCGUUCGCGAUUUUUAUCCUUCACGACGACGUAUUUGUGGACACCUUCUUCGUGAUCUCCGGAUUCCUCAUGGCCAAGACCAUCACAGCAUACGAGAAACUUCCUAACAUCUUCUUGCUACUAUUGAAAAGAUACAUAAGACUAGUGGUAGCUCUAGCAGUGGUGGUAUUCUACGUGUGUGCCAUCUUCCCUCUCACCGGCUCCGGCCCUCUGUGGGAGAGGUUCGUGGCGGGCGAGACCGACGCGUGCCUAACCAACUGGUGGCUAAAUAUACUCAUGCUGAGCAACUAUAUCAAUACAGAUAAUGCGUGCAUCGUAGUCUCCUGGUACAUUCCUUGCGACUUCCAUCUAUUCGCGCUGACCAUCCUCACAUACGCGCUGUACAAACGUUGGCGAGGGUUUGGGCUGGUCUGCGCCUGCGUUCUGACCACCGCCUCCGUUAUCACCCCAGGAGUUGUCAACUACGUUAACAAUCUGUCUGCGGUGCAACUGUUUACUUUUGAAACUGGUAUCCCGUGCGACCCGACGACCGCCUCCGUCAUCACCCCAGGAGUUGUCAACUACGUCAACAAUCUGUCUGCGGUGCAGCUGUUUACUUUUGAGUGA